AUGGGCUUUCUGGAGAACUACCAGGAGAUCGACCCGGUCACGCUGAACCUGUGCAUCCUCAUCGCCAGCUACGUCAUCCUGCUCCUGGUCUUCCUCAUCUCCUGCAUCAUGUACGACUGCCGGGGCAAGGACCCCACCAAGGAGUAUGCGCCCGACCCCCAGCCCACGCAGUCCCCCAUCCGCCUGGUGGUCAUGCAGGGCACCUCGGCCCCCGUCGGGCGCUGGGAGACCGCCAACAUGAUCACCAGCUACCACGAGCCCCCCCACUCCGAGAAGAAGAGCACCAUGGUCUAA